CCAAAGCCAGCCAGCUGACUCAGCUCGCCCACCGCGCUCGGAUCCCACAGGGAGAGGCAGCCAGACAUGGGUAUAAAGCAGCGCACACCAGGCUUGCACGCAGCCUCUCCAUUUUCCGUGCGUGCAGCGCUCACCCAUCCGCGGCAUGAGCAGCGCCCCCGCGCCGGGUCCGGCGCCCGCCUGCCUCACGCUCUGGGACGAGGAGGACUUCCAGGGUCGUCGCUGCCGACUGCUGAGCGACUGUGCGAAUGUCUGUGAGCGAGGAGCCCUGCGCAGGGUGCGCUCAGUCAAGGUGGAAAACGGAGCAUGGGUGGCCUUCGAGUACCCCAAUUUCCAGGGACAGCAGUUCAUUCUAGAGAAGGGAGACUAUCCUUGUUGGAGCGCCUGGAGCGGCAGCAGCAGCCACCACAGCAACCAAUUGCUGUCCUUUAGGCCGGUGCUCUGUGCGAACCAUGGUGACAGCCGUGUGACACUGUUUGAGGGGGAAAACUUCCAGGGCUGCAAGUUUGAACUCAGUGAUGACUAUCCAUCACUGCCUUCCAUGGGCUGGACCAGCAAAGAUGUGGGUUCCCUCAAAGUCAGCUCUGGAGCAUGGGUGGCCUACCAGUACCCUGGCUACCGAGGCUACCAGUACGUUUUAGAGCGGGACCGGCACAGUGGGGAGUUCCGCACCUACAGUGACUUUGGCACACAGGCCCAUACUGGACAGCUGCAGUCCAUUAGAAGAGUCCAGCACUAGGCUUCACAUUCCCGGUCAUCAUCGCCCCUAAAAUUCUCAAUAAAAGCUCUUGAAUCUA